GGUUAUACAACUUAACCUCAAUGACAACUUGUAAAACUAAUUAAAUUAAUUUUGAAGGAAUACUGUACUGUACAGUUUAUCAUCUUUUAUUUUAUGCAGUAGUCUAUUAUCACUAAAUAUUUAAGAUUUGUUGUUAAAUCGCUAAUUCACCACAAAGGAAAUGGAUAAGAAAGAAUUGGAUAAAGCUUUUGUAAUUCUCGGAGAGGCUUCAGAAUCUGACGAUGAUGAGAAAGUUGUUCUAUCUGUGGUAAGAAAUAAAGAUAAAUCCUCAUCAGUACCAUUUAACAAGGGAGUAAUCAUACCUGGAGAGGCAUCUGAAUCAGAAAGUGAAAAUGAAGAAGCAUGCCGUGAUGCGUUUUUUGCCAGAAGUGGAGCCGUAGAGAAUGACAUAGAUGCAGAGGAACAACCUCACUCUGCUCAGUACGAUACAUUACUUCAUAAAAAACUGAGAGAUUGCAACACCUCACUUCACAAUGAUGUUGUCAACUACUCCCGUCAUGGUUUGGUUAAUGGAGUGAGAGCGUUCAGUACCAUAAACCAACAGCUGUUGACAACACAGAUACAGAUCCAAGACUCGGCCAUAGCUCUUGGUCGAGCCAGUGAUGUGCUGGGAAAACUUGGAGAAAGUCUCAAUGCCCUCCUAUCCACCCCUUACAUACCAGAUAUUGAUGUUACUAAUCUUUAGUUAGAAAUUGUGGGGUAUUUUUGUACUUCACAGAUACAGUUUUCCGUCUUUCUCUGUAGGGGUCUUAAAAUUUCCAGAGUUACGUCUAAAUGCAAAAUAUAAUAUGCUAUUUAAUUAAGAUCACUUACUAUUUUAAGGCAGGCCCCCUUUGUAUUUGGACUGAUCAGGCUGUAGCCCACAGCGUCAAUUUUUAGGGGCGCCAAAUUUCUUAAAAAGAUGUUUUACAAUAACUUUUUGAUUAGUUUGUUAAAAACAUAUAAAAUACGCCAAAUUCUGACCUCUAAAAAUCAUUAAAAAUUGUUUUCAGUUACUUCAAUUUUGAAAAUACCCAAGACUGUGUAACCUUGGCAAGGUUGUGUAACCUUGAAGCUUAAUGAGCAUUUAGUAUUGUAUAUUCCAGUUAUCAUAUAUAUUAAAACGUGACAGGGUUUUUUUAUCACUCGAUUCUUAAUCAACCUCUUGACGGAUUUUCAUGUUUUUGUGUUGAAAGAAAUAUAAUUUUGAGAACUAAGGAAUGUCUAAUCAUAAUUUUAGUUUAGGGUUUCAGUUUCUUAGCAAUCAAGGUAAAAUUUUGUUUAAGUCUAGCAGCCGACGCUAAUAUUCUAGACUAGCUUUUGAUAUAACACCAUUUUCUUAACGUAACAGCUGUAAAAAAUCAGCCUUCGAGACAUAAAAAUUCAGCAUUUGGAUAAAAAUGAAAUGAAAUGAUUCCCAUACACGUUGGACGGGCCAAUAGCUAGUUUAUUAAUAAUAGUAUACAUAGAUGUUUUAAAUUGUUAAUAUUUAUCUUUAUUUAUUUUAAAUUAUUAUUUACACUCUUCCUUUGAUUACAUUGUUUUUAGUAUCGUAGAUCGUAUACUACAGUUGUUUGUAAAUAUUAGUAUAAGCAAAUGUUUAAGAUUGUUAAUAUAGCUUGUU